AUGCCCAUCCGACCAGCAAACUACCUUAAAAUUACAAGUCGAAGUGACUAUAUUGAAAACCGUCGCGGAAUAGGAAUAUAUCAAAAUUCACACCUCUUCCAAUCUCUUCCCGCAAAGGCAGAGUUCGACUUCCUAGAUCGAAGUGAUAUCAGGAUACUUAACGAAGGAAUGCGCUCUCUAAGUGCGCAGCUAUUAUCUACUACGACUCCUAAGGAAAGACAUAGGAUUCAAAUCAAGCAAAAACUCGCAUACAGGAACAAGCAACGGCUAUAUAAAGAGGAACUCAAGAGGCUUAGAUCCUCGUCGCUCGGGUAA